AAAACCAGUGGUUACAUAAUAACUACUCUGCUAAUCGUUAAUCCUCCAUUAAUGUCUUUCAUCUUCCCUCUCCUUCAAGUUCCUUGAUAUUUAAGCAACCUAUGAAUCCGAUCAUCUAUUUCUAUCCCUAGGCCGACCAGAAAACUUUUUUUUGGACGACCCUAGUUCCAAGGGUCCUCUAUCACCAGAAUAAGUUAUAAAAACUCACCGUCGAUUUCAAAUGGCGGGCGCUCAUUUGAAUCUUGGGAGCUACGUCUUCGCCUUCAUCUCGUUGUCUCUCGCCGUCGUGGCUCCAUCGGUUCAAGCUCACGUCGCGGUAUACGAUGAAUACUGGACCCAGCGCCAAGCCGACGCGUUGCGACAAACUAUAGAAUCUUAUGACCCGAACCCGUUUAACGUCACGGACCACUUCAACUACCAUGCGACAUUAGCAAUGGAGACGACUGGUGCAGACAACGAAACAAGGAGAGAGCUCCGACAAGUUAGACGCGGUCCGAAAACAAAGAGACGUGGCGGAAGGCACCACUCCCUUAACGCAAUAGACAAAUGCUGGCGAGGAGACAAAAACUGGGACAAGAACCGGAAAAAGCUAGCGGACUGCGUCCUAGGAUUCGGCCGGAGAACAACCGGAGGCAAAAAGGGACAUAUCUACGUAGUCACCGACGCAUCCGACAGCGAUCUCGUGAACCCCAAGCCAGGAACUCUGAGACACGCAGUGACUCGCGACAAACCGCUAUGGAUCGUAUUUGGUAGAUCCAUGAUCAUAAAACUGCAGCAAGAGCUGAUCAUAACACACGAUAAAACUAUCGACGGUCGAGGAGCGAGUGUUCAUAUAACAGGAGGUGCAGGUUUAACGUUACAGUUCGUGAAGAAUGUGAUCAUACACAAUAUUCAUAUAAAACACAUUAAAAGUGGGGGUGGUGGGAUGAUUAGAGACUGUCAACAUCAUGUUGGGCAUCGUACAAAGAGUGAUGGUGAUGGGAUCAAUAUUUUCGGAGCCACGAAUAUUUGGAUCGAUCAUGUCUCCAUGACGCAUUGUUCUGAUGGGAUGAUCGAUGCUAUAAUGGGAUCGACCGGCAUUACUAUCUCCAACUCCCAUUUUACCGACCAUAACGAGGUGAUGUUGUUUGGGGGCAAAGACGGGGAUGUGAUCGACAAGAAAAUGCAGAUAACGGUUGCGUUUAACCAUUUUGGCAAGAGGUUAGUUCAGAGAAUGCCAAGGGUUAGAUACGGUUUGGUCCAUGUAGUGAACAAUGACUACACUCACUGGGAAAUGUAUGCAAUUGGUGGAAACCUGAACCCUACCAUUAUAAGUCAAGGCAACCGUUUCAUUGCUCCUCAUCAAGAAAAUUGCAAGCAGGUUACAAAGAGAGAAUAUACACCUUAUAAAGAGUGGAAAUCAUGGAACUGGCAAUCAGAGAGAGAUUACUUCUUGAACGGAGCUUACUUUGUAAACUCGGGAAGGGCAAACGCGUGGAGCCCUGCCCCUAAAAACCCAAUCCAUAGAAAGUUUGCGAUCGGGCCUAUAUCAGGAACAGGGGUAAGAAGACUCACCAAGGAUGCUGGUACACUUGGUUGCAAACCGGGCAAGUCCUGCUGAUUAAAAUU